AUGUCUUCGGUUGCGGUCUCCAGCGAUCAGGUGUUGAGCGCCUUUAAGUUCGGCACGGGGAACUGGGAUCCGGAGCACCGCUUCGAGACGUCGUGGCUGUUCCCGCCGUAUGUGCUAUUUGCUCUACGGCUGUUGAUGUCCCUUUACGCAUUCAUAACAUUGCUCUUCAACAUCGGAUACCAAUGCACCCACGACGAUUUAGGCGGGUGUGAGGCCUCGCGCGCCGAGUUCUCAUUCUUCACGGUGCUCACGUACUGGGGCCUCGCUUUCUACAUGCUUAUAGCAUCAAUUCAUACAUUCACAUACGCGCGGUACUCCAACCCCUUUCUCGCCCGCUUCCCACGGCCAUUGCAGGUCCUACACGCUCUAUUCUACAGCACCGUAACGACAUUCCCCUUCUUGGUAACUAUCGUGUAUUGGGGCGUGCUGUACGGCUACGGGUCCGCCUGGUUCCCCACCGUCUAUGGCGCCUGGUCCAACAUUAGCCAACACGCGAUGAACAGCCUCUUCGCGCUCUUUGAGAUCUUCCUCACCCGCGUGGACCCUCAGCCCUGGAUGCAUGCGCUAUGGCUUAUCGUCAUUAUGGCGCUAUACCUGGCCCUGGCGUAUCUGACGAAAGCUACCAAAGGCUUUUACGUCUACCCCUUUCUCGACCCGGGGAAGACCGGAUCCCUGGUCGCUGUGUACAUCUUCGGGAUCGGCGCUGCUACGCUUGUGAUUUUCGCUAUUGUGAAGAGCGUUGUUUGGAUGCGUCGCUGGCUUACAGAGGAGAAGCUGGGGCAGCAUGGCAAGUUUGCUGACUUCCCGCCUAGGAAUAUUCAGGAGGUCGAGCUGGGUGAUAUUAACGGGGCUGGAAUUAAGUAA